AUGGACUACAAUAAAUGGAUUCCUAUCACAAACCAGCUGAUUGUCUCCAAACACACGGCAGAAAUCCCUAGUAAAGAAGACUCCAAGGCGGGGGCCCAGCUCAAAUGGAACCCUGGAUUCAAGGGGUGCAGAGUGGGGAGGUCACGUGGUCUGCUUUGCCCUAGGCAGAGGAAGUCCUCGCGGAGGGAGGCCUGCUGGGACCUGCGGACACUGGUGCCCGGGACCGCGCCCUUGGGGGAGCCUGCGGGGAGGCCCUCCUCGCUCCAGGGGCCCGCGCAGCUACAGCACGCACGCCACACGACCUCUGGCUGCGCCCGGCCUCACACGCAGGUGGCACGGAGACCGCCCCGCAGAGCCGCGGCGCAGAAGUCCAAGAAGGGUCCAAAAGACAGGCUCAGCUACACAGCCCCGCCUACAUUCAAGGAACAUCUGACAGCCCCGCCUACAUUCAAGGAACAUGUGACAGAUGAAAAAAACAGAAGCGAAGCAACCAGUGACUCCAGUCAAAUUGUUCACGUUAUGACUGCUGACACUGUGCAAGUGGGAGAGCCACCCACAUCUGCUGAGAGCGUGUGGUCCAGAGAUGAGAACCGCGAGCAGGGACGCCCGUUGGCGUGUGCCCAGAAGGCUGCAGAGCUUCGAGCUUCCAUUAAGGAGAAUGUGGAGCUGAUUCAAGUUAAAAAGCUGUUAUAUGAAAGGAAUACCUCACUGGCAGCCACAAAAGCCCAAUUAACUGAAGUUCGAGAAGCAUAUGAAGUCUUGCUCCAAAAGAAUCAGGGAAUCUUGAGUGCAGCCCAUGACGCCCUCCUCAGCCAAGUGAAUGAGCUCCAGACAGAGCUGACAGAGGAGAGCAAGAAGGCCAUGAACUUCAAGAGCCAACUGGAAGAUGUGUCUAUCUUGCAGAUAACCCUAAAGGAGUUUCAGGAAAGAGUUGAAGAUUUGGAAAAUGAACGGAAAUUGCUGAAUGACAGUUAUGACAGACUCCUAAAAGACAUGCUGGACAGCAGUCAUCAGCCUCAUUGGAGCCCUGAGUUUCUGGGAGAGCAGCUGCCUCGGCACGAGUGUUCCCUGCAGGAUCAGCUAGAUGCUGAGCUGGAGGAGACUAAAGUCUUACUUCAGGCGAGCAAUGAGGAAGUUCUCAAUGAUGAUCUGAAGCUUGAACUUACCAACAUCCUCUGCCAGCAUAAACAGGGAGCAGAGGGCCUCCAGACCACAGCCGCAGUGCCCCAGUCUCCUGAAGAGCUAUCUGAACUGGAUGCUCAGCUCGUUCGAGUCCAAGAAGCAGAUUUGAGAGAAUUCAGUGAACCAAAAGUUCAAGAAGAUAAACUGCCUGAAAUGCUAAGUGAGUUGCAGGUGUCGCAUGCAGAGACCACAUUGGAGCUAGAAAAGACCAGAGACAUGCUUCUCCUACAGCACAAAAUCAACAUGUGUUAUCAGGAGGAACUGGAGGCCAUGAUGAGAAAGGCUGAUAAGGAAAGCCGGGAUCACGAGGAAAAGGUGGAGAGGCUGAAUCAGCUCCUAGACCUCAAGGACAACUACAUCAAACAGCUGGAAGGUAUUUUAAGAAGCCGUGGACUUCCAACAUCUGAGCAGCUCAAAGAUGUUGCUUAUGGCACUUGGCAAUUGCCAUUGUGUCUGGAAUCACUGUCAGCCCACAGAGAUGAGGACGAAGUAGACGUUUCUCUGCUGCAUCGAAGUGAGAAUCUUUUUGAACUGCACAUCCACCAGGCCUUCCUGACAUCUGCUGCCCUGAUACAGGCUGGAGAUGGCCAACCUACUACUUUCUGUACUUACUCUUUCUAUGACUUUGAAACCCACUGUACCCCACUCUCCGUGGGGCCACAGCCCGUCUACGAUUUCACCUCCCUAUAUGUGGUGGAGACAGAUUCCUUUUUCGUGAGCUACCUUCAAGGAACGCCAACCCAGCUUGAUCUCCACCAGGCUGUGGCUAGUGAGCACCAUAUUCUUGCGACUGUUUGGAUUUCCUUUGACAAGGUGCUAGAGACUGUGGAGAAAGUCCAUGGUUCUGCCACACUUACUGGAGCUGGUGGAGAAGACUUGGGGGUGUUAGAGUACUGGAUGAGGCUACGUUUGCCCCUAAAAUGCAGCCCACAGGCAUGCAAUAAAGGAAAGAAAGCCCAGGCCUACCUGUCAGUCAGUGCGCUUGGAGCCUGGAAGGCCCAGAAGGAUGAGUCCAGACCAGAGACUUGGGAACCUCAGAAUGAGCUGCGGAUUGAAAUCACCAAGUGCUGUGGCCUCCGGAGUCGACGGCUAGGAACUCAGCCCAGUCCGUAUGCCAUGUACCGCUUCUUCACCUUUCCUGACCAUGACACCACCAUCAUUCCAGCCAGCAGCAAUCCGUACUUUAGAGACCAGGCUCUAUUCCCAGUGCUUGUUACCUCUGACCUGGACCAGUAUCUGAGGCGGGAAGCCCUGUCUAUAUACGUUUUUGAUGAUGAAGACCCAGAGCAUGGCUCCUAUCUUGGCCGAGUCCAAGUGCCCUUGCUGCCUCUUGCACAAAACAAAUCUAUUAAAGGUGAUUUUAACCUCACUGACCCUGUGGAAAAGUCCAAUGGGUCUAUCCAAGUGGAAGUAAACUGGAAGUCUCACUACCUACCCCCAGAGGGCUUCCUGACACCGGAAACCAGGACUGAAGAGGAUAACAAAGACGGCGUGGAGGUGUCAUCUGCAGAGAAGGCUUCUUUUCUCCAGGACCAGGUGGCAUCUGCAGAGAUUCCAAUUGAGGCUGACCGAUAUCAAGCAAAGAGAAAACCUCCUCAGACAGGAGGAGAGAAGGAAAAGGAACACCAGCUUGCAAGCUACUCAAGAAAACAUGGCAAGAAAACAAGUGUCCAAGGAAAGAACAGAAUGGAGAAUCUGAGCUGUAACAUCUUAAAUGGAAAUACACUUCAAGAGGUGAACUGCACCGAGUGGACGUUCUCAGAGCUCACAGAGGCAGUAGAUGAUGGUUUUCCAAUGCAGAACAAAGAAGACAUGACAUUAUCCCAUUCAGCACUGAGACAGGAGGACCCCCCACACCCUAUAAACGGUGAACAACUCUGUGAACAAGCUUCUGAAGUCAGCGACACACAAACUACAGACAGCGAUGACAUCAUAGUGACACCCCAAUCUCAGUGUCUGAAAGCAGAUUCAGAGAAGAUACGCAUUGAAAUUGUUUCCCUGGCCUUCUGCCCUGAGGCCGAAGUGAUGUCUGACGAGAACAUACAGCAGGUGUAUGUGGAGUACAAAUUCUAUGAUCUGCCUUUGUCAGAGACAGAGACGCCAAUGUCCCUGAGAAAACCAAGGGCAGGAGAAGAGAUCCACUUCCACUUUAGCAAGGUGAUAGACCUGGACCCGGGGGAGCAGGAUGGCCGAAGGCAGUUUCUAUUUGCCAUGCUGCAUGCUCAGGAUCCUGAAGAGAGGCAUUUAAAGUUCACAGUGGUAAGUGAUCCUCUGGAUGAAGAAAAGAAAGAAUGUCAAGAUGUAGGAUAUGCAUUUCUUGAACUGUGGCAGAUAUUUGAAUCUGGAAGAGAUAUUCUAGAGGAAGAACUAGAUAUUGUGAGCCCCGAAGAUCAGGCUACCCCAAUAGGAAGGCUGAAGGUUUCCCUGCAGGCAGCAGCUGCCCUCCAAGGCAUUUACAAGGAGAUGACUGAAGAUCUGUUUUCAUGAAAGGAACAAGCACUACUACAUUCUAAAACCUCUCAGGGAAUCACAGUAAAAGUCUCUUAUAAAGUAACAUGCUAUGCCAUAAAUCUGGUUUCCUGUGCUACCUAAGUAUCCAUUUUUCUUUUAAAAAAUUUUUGGAUUUAUUUUUAUCUGUAUGAGUGUUUUGCCUGCAUGC